UCUAUCACUUCUCCUACUUAAUUUAUGUGAAAGACAUGAGAACAGCUUAACAAGAUACCCGACACGCUCAUAGACCUAGACCAGCUGCAUCAUGUAUGGCGACUUAGGCAACAAGCUGGUCCAACACGCCAAAAGAACCCAAAAUUUGACCCAUCUUCCACCUUAUCAGACCGAAAUCGUUCGAGCGGUGACAAGAGAAGUGAGAGAUCUGGACAAAGAUGUAGCAGAACUUCUUGAGCCGUUUCAAGGCUCGUUUGAUCCAAGCGCCGACCAAGAUGUUGCCUGCACUCUGCUGGUAAAUCACCUUUCGAUGCGAAGGAACAAGCGUUGCUUGCUUGCGUACCACCGGACACGGACAGACAAGCUUGAAGAGUUGGUAUGGAAUGGAUCAGACGUAGUAGAUCUGUCUGGGCAACAAGUACGGGAUCCUGCGAGUGCUUCCGGUGCGGGAGGUAGUGAUGUAUCAAAGAGUAGUCUAAGCCCCCAAGAGGAGGAAUAUGUCAGGCAGUACAGCGACCUGUUGGCAGCCUACAAGGGGCAAUGGACAGAUAUCGACCUUACAGGGAGCCUAGAGCCGCCACGAGACCUGUUCAUCGAUGUGCGAGUCCUCAAGGAUGCAGGUGAAAUCCAAACAGAAUACGGGGCUAUAACAUUGACCAAGAACAGCCAGUUUUAUGUACGCCAAGGGGACGUCGAGAGACUCAUUGCACAGGGAUAUUUGCAUAAACUUGGAUGAGAGAACGCGGGGUCUGAGCAAGUGAUAAGGAACUUGAUGGUCGCAUGUUAUUUCUGUUAUUAUACCCUGCCUCAUGAAUAUUGAUAAGAUCACAUGUCAAGUUAUCGCAUUCAUUCAUGCUCUUUUCUAAACAUCAAUUCGUAUUCUCAUAGCUUAAUGCAGUAUGUCAACCACAGAGAGACUUGGCCUUCCAAUAGGUUUAGGCUAGUUGAGCACUCGUCAAUGGAUAAUCGCUUCCAC